AUGGAAGAAAUUCCUGUUAAAGUGGCAGUACGAAUAAGACCUUUGCUCUCCAAAGAAAUACUUCACAAUCAUCAAGUAUGUGUGAGAUUAAUCUCAAAUACUCAGCAAAUUAUCAUUGGAAAAGACCGGGUCUUCACUUUUGACUUUGUUUUUGGCAAGCAUUCAACCCAAGAUGAAGUAUAUACAACAUGUAUUAAGCCAUUGGUGGCAUCUUUGAUAGAAGGAUAUAAUGCUACAGUUUUUGCCUAUGGACAGACAGGCUCCGGAAAGACUUAUACUAUUGGAGGAGGUCACAUUGCAUCGGUUGCAGAAGAAGAGAGAGGUAUUAUUCCACGGGCAAUUCAAGAAAUAUUUCAGAUUAUUUCUGAAAACCAUAAUACUGAUUUUACAGUGAAAGUUUCGUACAUAGAAGUCUAUAAAGAAGAACUCAGAGAUCUCCUGGAACUAGAGACCUCUAUGAAAGAUUUGCAUAUUAGAGAAGAUGAAAAGGGCAAUACAGUAAUCGUUGGUGCCAAAGACUGCCAAGUGGAAAGUACAGAAGAAGUGAUGAGCCUGUUGGAAACGGGGAAUGCUGCUAGACAUACAGGGACAACCCAAAUGAAUGAGCAUUCCAGCCGAUCCCAUGCUGUUUUUACCAUCAGUGUCUAUCAACAACAACAACCUUUGCAGAAGGACACAGAGUGUGCACAAAAUUCUCCCCAAAGUUCAGGACAGCAGAUUGCUUCUAAGUUUCACUUUGUAGAUCUUGCGGGAUCCGAAAGAGUUACAAAAACUGGCAAUACUGGUGAAAGAUUCAAAGAAUCAAUUCAGAUCAACAGUGGUUUACUAGCUCUGGGAAAUGUGAUCAGUGCACUUGGAGACCCAAAGAGAAAAAAUGCACACAUUCCAUAUAGAGAUACUAAAAUCACACGUAUCCUUAAAGACUCUUUAGGAGGCAAUGCAAAGACUGUCAUGAUAACAUGUAUUAGUCCAUCUUCUUCUGAUUUUGAUGAAUCAUUAAAUUCCAUCAAGUAUGCAAAUAGAGCAAAAAAUAUUAGGAACAAACCUAUUGUCAACUAUAACCCAGACUGGGAUCGUAUAGAUGAAAUGGAGCUUGCCAUUAAGUUGCUUCGGGAAGCCUUGCAAAACCAACAAACUAAUGGACAGUCCUCUGGUAGUCAAGGGUCACAGGAUUUAUGCCAAGACAAAAACAGAAUCCGCUGCCUUGAACAGCAGCUUGCUCAAUUUCAAAUCGAAAGUUUUAAUUUGCGAAAUUGCAUUGAAGAAGCUUAUUUAUUUCUUGUUGAUUUUAAAAACAUUGCCAACCUAUCAAAAAAUCAACUUGAAAAACUACAAGAAUGGAUCCGUGUAGCUCAGGAACUUAGGAGAGAGGCAUCUAUUCCCCAGAUGAACAGUGGAACAGUAGCCAACCAAGAAGGACCGUAUCAUAUCACGAUUCUUCAACUUAAAAGAGAGCUGAAGAAAUAUCAGGUACUUACUGUACAUUUAAUGUAAGGGCCAAUAAAAGGAUU